AAGAGGAUCUGUAGAUAAUUCUCUAGUUUAUUUACGAGGGAAUGCGAUUUUCGCGGUCAGGCGUGACGAGUGGGUCUUGAAUCACGUGUUGGUGGCUCCUCGUCCCAGCAACCGUCGUGGUAGAUGAAUUAGGAGGGUUCGCUGGGAGGCUAGCGGUCAGUGGGAUCCAACAUCGCCAACAUCUUCAUAAGGUCGACCAAGUAACGUGGAGACCUCUCAUGACGCCACAUGGCCUGCCGUCAAUGCUGAAGGGUCAUCCAAUGAUAGGAGCCGGGCCACUGCCAUCUGGCAGCGCGCCUCAGCGCGACUGGCCUCUCUGGAGCGUCCACGUGGCACUGGCGGUGGUGAUGGUGAACAACGGCGUGUACCACGUGCUGGCGAAGGUGGCCCUGGCAGCGGGCGUGCACCAGCUGGUGUUCUGCGUCUACCGCGACGCCAUCGCGCUGCUCGCGCUGCUGCCCGCCGCUCUCACGGGCGAGAGGUCGCUGCACCAUCUCAUGUCACCCAAGCUGCUGCUGCCUUUCUUUCUUCUCGGCCUCACAGGCAUCCUGGGCAACCAGCUGCUGUUCCUUGUGGGGCUCAACCUCACGGGCCCGGCCACAGCGGCAGCGCUGCAGCCGUCCAUCCCCGUCUUCACGCUGCUCCUCGCCCUGCUCCUCGGGCUGGACUCGUUGAAGCUGCGGCAGCGCGGCGACCAGCUGCGCCUGGUGGGGCUGGCGCUGUGCGUGGGGGGUGCUGUGCUCAUGGCCGUGUUCAGAGGGCCGCUGCUGCUGGGGGCAGGGGACGGUGAGCCUGUGCCACAGCUGCAGCAGCAAGGGCUAUCGUCCAGUGCUGGUGGUGGCGGUGGAGGGGGGUGGGCUUCGGGGUGGGUGGGAGCGUGGAGCAUGGGCGUGGUGUCGCUGGUGGGCAACUGCAUGAGCAUGGCGGCGUAUCUCACCAUCCAGGUGCCUGUGUUGCACCGCUUCCCAGCGCCGGUGACGGUGACGGCGAUGGCGUACGUGGUGGGCGCGGCGCUCAUGCUGCUCAUCGCCCUGCUCGCCUCGCCGCCCUCCUGGACCGUCACUGGCUGGCCGCUGGCCGCCGUUGUCUUUGCCGGCCUGGUGACGUCAGCCCUGAACUACGCUCUGAUGACGGUGGCCAACAGUCGAGUGGGCCCCGCCACGGUGGCGCUGUACAACCCGCUGCAGCCCGUGGCCAGCGCCACCCUCGCCUACCUCUGCCUCGCGGCGCCCAUCUUCCUCGGCAGGUCUGCUACACCCACUCCUUGAAUCCCUUGCUCACUGUUGCUCUCUCAGGAUGGGACCCAUUCACACAUUCUGCUUAAAAUCUUUUACAAGUUCUUGUAUAAAGGAAGCAAUUAGCUUGCUUUGCGUGUGGUGUUUGUUGAUUUGGGAUUGGUGCAGUGUCAUAGGUGGCGUCCUAGUCCUGUCCGGUCUGUACCUAGUGGUUGGAGGAGCCAGGGGCCAGGAGCCUAACAGGCAUCAUGCACUCGGUGAUGAUGAUGCCACUAAUACACUGGAUGCAACAGCAGAUCAAGAACCAGAAGGCGCACUCUUGCUAGACAGGCAAAUAGAACCAAGCCGUGGCGAAACCAGUGCUGUCUGAUGAAUGAGUGAUGUGUUCAGUCAGUGCAUCCCAAGCAUGUAAUAAUUUGUGUAUCUCAGAACUCAGUCACAACCACUGAGUUAAAAUGGCUAGUUACCGUGAUCCGCCGGAUAUAGGCGCAUAGGGGCUUAUAGGAAAUACCUAACCAAAGUGGCAUGCACUUGUAAUCG